UCGGUGCCUCUCGGCGCAGUUUGUGUUGCAGGUGCGUGGAGAAGGAGUGUGAGGACAGAUGGCUGCGCUGACGAUACAAAGGACUGACAACUUUUUGCACACCUUUUUACAGGACCGGACGCCCAGCUCCUCUCCAGAAGGGGCACCAAACGCCCUCUCCUUUCUGGCCACCACCUGCAGCCAGGCCUGGCAGGUGGGAGGCGCAAUGGGCUCAGAGGGUUCUCAGUUCCCCUAUGAGGGCACUGUCAGCUCAACAUCUGGAAUGUUUCAGCUCUGGAGCAAUGAGAUGGCACCCAGCACAGCCCUCAGCACACAUCAGAUGACCUUCACAGUGCCCAAGAUGCAGUUCCCUGGACACAUGCAGUCCGGCCUGAGUCAUCAUCACCAUCAUCAUCAUCCCCAUCAUCACCACCAUGAGCUGCCUCUUACCCCUCCAGCUGAACCUCCAUCAUCCUACUCCUUUGAACUCUCCCCUGUUAAAGUGUUGUCCUCACAGCCACAGACCAAUAGCCCCUAUUAUCCUCAGCAUAACAAUGUGGGACAAAACUUCCCCAGCUUCCUCCAGAAUUCAUCAGGUAGGCAUCAUUUGUCUGGAGGGCAUGUGGAAGAUGGGCAACAAUGGUGGAGCUUACCCCAAACCAACGCUACCCCUUCCAACCAUCCCUUCUCCCUGGGCAGACAGCUGGUUUUGGGACAUCAGCCCCAGAUAGCUGCUCUUCUGCAGGGCACCUCCAAAGGUCUGCUGAGCUCCACGCGCCGCUGCCGCCGCUGCAAAUGCCCCAACUGCCAGGCGAAUGGUGGUGGGUUAGAGUUUGGAAAGAAGAGACUGCACAUCUGCCACAUCCCGGAGUGUGGCAAAGUGUACAAGAAGACCUCACACCUGAAGGCACAUCUGCGCUGGCAUGCCGGGGAGAGACCCUUCAUCUGUAACUGGCUUUUCUGUGGUAAAAGCUUCACCCGUUCAGAUGAGCUACAGCGGCAUCUCCGCACGCACACCGGAGAGAAGCGCUUUGGGUGCCAGCAGUGCGGCAAGAGAUUCAUGAGGAGUGACCACCUCUCUAAACAUGUGAAGACCCACCAGACGAGGAAGAGCCGAUCUGGGCAGCCUUCACAGAGCACGGACCCUCUGCUCACCAAUAUUAAGAGAGAAUAAUUUCUGUGGUUCUUCAUUCAGAGACAAAAACCAACAAUGACCAGACUGGGUGACUCUCACUCACUGCCAUAGGUUUGCACUAGAGGGUAAGCAUCAAGCUCCCUGAAUAUAUUCUCUUGUCAAAGUCCUGCUUUUGACUUCAAGUACUACUAUAAAGUAAAUUUAGUGACCACUUUGAGUUACAUACUUAUGUGCUGUUUGG